GUGUCCGCGCUGGGUUGUGUCUCCAUGUGACGCGUGAGGCUCCUCUCACUUCACUUCGCGGAGCUCUCGUCUCACCUCAGCCGCUCCGAGAGGAUGCGCGCGUCCGCGUCCGGUCUUCCUCCUCCGCGACGGCUCGUCCUGCGCGCGCCCGUCUAGCCGGCUCCUCUUGGUCGGAUGUUUCCCCUCGGAGCUUCUUCUGGGAGAGGAUGCGUCUCCUCGUUCUGGCGACUUUCUGUGGACUCCUUCUCGGCGCAGGAGACGCCCUGCAGAUCCAGUGCUACCAGUGUGAGGAGAUGAAGCACAACGACUGCUCCACGCCGGACUACGUCGUCAACUGCACCGUCAACGUGCAGGACAUGUGCCAGAAGGAGGUGCUGGUGAAGCCCGACGGGAUACAUUACCGUAAGUCCUGCGCCUCCUCCGGAGCGUGCCUCAUCGCCUCCUCCGGCUACCAGCAGUUCUGCACCGGGCGGGUGAACUCCGUGUGCAUCUCCUGCUGCAACACGCCGCUGUGCAACGGGCCCCGCAGGAAGCGCCCCGCCCCCUCGGCGGCGCCGUCCGACAGGCCGCCUCCCCUCCUGCUGACCUUCGCCCUGCUGACGCUCCUGACCGUGACGUAGAGGCCGAGGGCGGAGGAACGGCCACUUUGUGGGGGGUCACUUAGUCACAGAGACAGAGUCUUGGCAUGUCAUCCUGUAAGGUCAAAGGUCAACAGGAGGAACGCGUUGUGGUGACCUCACACUAAACACAGUGACGGGUUAGCUUAGCUUAGCACAGAGACUGUAAACGGGGGGAAACAGCUAGCCACGAAUCACAGAAUCACUACUUGACUCGUUAUAAACUGAGAAAAAAAUCAAGUUUAGGGGCGGUUGGGUGGCGGGUUAUUUCUUGGCUGUGUGCAGUUGCCUGGUAACCACUAGAGGAAACCUUUAUUUUAUCUGGAACAAACCUAAAUGGAGAAUUAUCGUGACUUUUUGUGAUGGAUUAGGAUGUAAUAUGUACGAGGUUAGCCUCUUUGUGCUAAUAUGCUAAGCUAACGGGCCUUAGGAUAGACGUGGGAAUAGAUAAUUAUCUCCAAAUGUACCAAAUCGACAGCGUGCUUUGAUCUUUUCAUGCACAUUUCCAUUGACGUAGAUUCUGGGAUGGAUUUGUGAGGAACCCGCUCCGGUUGUUCCGGUUCUGCAGGAACUUAUCGCAGAACACGAAAUCUCUCUGAACUUUUUACUUCUGUGGGCUUUUGUUGGUUUUCUAUCUCGUUAUUGCCGUUAUUAAUAUUCGUUUUCAGGCCCUUUUGAUUCAGGCGAUGAAGCAUUUGCAGGGUCCUGAGGUCUCUCGCUAUCAGCAUAUUAAUAACCACACAUGUGUAUAUUGUCACCGCCGUAUUGAUUGACAUUUCUCUUCUUGAUGUAUGAAAGACGCCGAGGUGGAUUUGGAAAGUUUGUUUUAUUGCUUUUUAAUCCGGCUUCAAAAGUUGAUUCUGUGGCACAGGAAGCUGGCGAGACGUAUUAAUUAGACUAUAAUACUCCGUGUUUUACUAUAUUGCCUUAGAGACACCGAGCAAUAAGCACAAAUACAUUCCCACGGGAGAAAUGCUUCAGGCUGAUGUCAUAUUUAGAUUUAGAACUCAAGAUAAUGAAACGUAUAUUCAAAUUAUAGUCCGUACUGCAUGUGGAUAAUGCUGUCGUCCAAAUACGGUAUUUUAUAAUCUGCACCAAUGAGAAUAAAUGACCUGUAUGGGUCAUGUUUCCACAUCCAGAUGGUGAAUAUAGGUUUAAAUCGUAAUAUUUGGCUGCAGAAUACCGUGUGGAGACGUUCUGUGUUUUAAUGUCACGCGUGACGACGUGAACGCUCCGAAGCCGAGAAAAAUAAUAAUGUUGUGUAUCGAUAUCACAGAAAUGUGACUUUCAGAGAGCGGCGCGGCGUCCGGUAAGUGUUGGGUUCUUCCGACUGGUCUUCUGUGAAGAGUAACUGUUAAGAAAUGUGAUUUAAUAAAUGUUGCAGGAAAACUC